CCUGCCAAAGAUUCUGAAGCUGCUCCAGCAGCUCAAUCUGCUCCUGCUCCCGCCGAAGGUUCUGAAGCUGCUCCAGCAGCUAAAUCUGCACCUGCCGAAACUGCUCCAGCUGAGGCGCCAGCUGCAUCUGAACCUGCGCCAGCAGCUGAACCUGCUCCCGCUGAAUCUGCUCCAGCUCAGCCUCCAGCAGCAGAAUCUGCUCCGGCUCAGCCACCAGCAGCAGAAUCUGCUCCCGAACCAGAAGCCCACAAGGAGGAAGCCGCUCCAACAGAAGCCGCUGCUCCAUCUGCAGAAGCUGCACCUGCUGCACCUGCUGCACCAGAAUCUAUUCCCGUAGAAAAAUCUGCUCCAGAAUCCGCUCCAGAAGCUCCAGCAGCAGCCCAUACUGAAUCCGAAGAGGAAGAUGACGAUGCGGGUGUUGUGCGAAUGCCUCUAGAGCCUGCUGCUGCUGCCGAAGCAGAACCUGCCAAGAAGGAAGCUGCUCCCGCGGAAGCCACCCCAGCAACUCAAGAAGCUGCUCCAGAAGCACAACCCCCAAAAGAAGACGCUGCACCAGCUGAAGCUGCCCCUCCAACCGAUUUCGUUACCCCCUCCUCUGAAGCUCAUAAAGAAGAACCUGCACCCACGGCAGCUGCUGCACCUGCUGAAGCACCAGCUGCUGAAGCUCCAACCACUGCUGCUCCAGAAGCACACGUAGAAACCCCCGCGCCAGCUGCUGAACCUUCAACUGAAUCAGCGGCUCCAGAAGCAGAAGCUCACAAGGAAGAAGCCGCACCAACUGAAGCGACUCCUUCACAAGCACCAGCAGAGACUCCUGCUCCAACUGCACCAAAAGAAGCUCCAGCCGCUGAAACUGCUGCGCCAACUGAAGCUGCCGCCCCCACCGAUUUUGCUACCCCAGCUGCCGAAGCUCCUGCACCAGAAGCUGGAGCUGCUCCUGAACCAGAAUGCCACAAAGAGGAAGUUGCUCCAGCACAAGCAGCUCCUCCAGCAGCUGAAGCCCCAGCUGCAGAACAAGCUCCAGCAGAAGCUGCUCCAGAAGCACAUUCCGAGCCAGCUGCCCCUCAAGUAUCACAACCAGAAGCUGCUCCUGCUCCAGAAGCUCCAAAAGAGGCUGCUUCAAAGCCUGAAUCUGCACCUGCUCAAGAAGCCGCACCCACUGAAGCUCCCUCAGAUUCCUCUGCUCAACCAAAAGCUGAACCCACGCAGGAGGCUGCACCAACCGAAGCUCCUGCCCCAGAAGCAAAACCGGAAGCUGCUCCUGCUCAAGAAGCUGCACCAGAAGCUGUUCCUACGCAAGAAUCUGCUCCAGCUCCGCAAGCGCAACCAGAGGCUGCUCCAACGCAAGAAGCUGCACCU